UUUUUAUUGUUUUAAUACUCAAAUGUCGCCACCAGGUGUCACUAAAAGCGCUUUUAAUUCGUUUUUUUCUGACUGCAGUUCCGGUGCUCUCUUUAUAAUCGUCCCCGGAUCAACAUCCCGCCGUUCUGUAGUUCCACAACACGCAUGUAUCUUACCGCCGUUAGCUAAAUAAAGGAAACUUUGGUGACAUGAGUGCUGAUAAUUCUGUUGGAAAUGUGUCUGUGCCUUUACGGAAUCUGCUGAACUCCAUCCAGUGUAUCAGAGACCGAGUCAGAGAUGGAGAGUCCAAUGAGUCAGAUGGAGCGUUUGACCUCUCCAACUUCUGGGACACUCUGAACCAGGCGGUGAAGACCGUGUCCCAGGAAGCCACCAAACUCAGCCUGGCCUUCUCCAAACCCCCGCUGCCAUCACAGCAGGAUGGAGAGAAGUUAUCAGAGUCCAUCAUGAAGAGCGUCCUCACUCUGUCCACGGUCUAUUACUGGCUGCCCAAGAGUCAAGGUAUCAGUCUGCGUCGGCAGGUCAGAGACGCCACGGUGGCGGUUCUGGAAGGCGUCACCCAGCUGGUGGAGGUCAUCCUGAGCUCUCCGCUGCAGAGUCUGUCACAGGAACAGCUGACAUCAACAGGAAGUGUUUGGUCAGCCUGCGACCACUUCGCCCAGUUACCACGAGAUAAUAAAGCAGCCGUGCUGGUGAUUCUGUCCGAUCAGGUUGGAGUUGUGAAAGACGCCAUAGAGGAAAUUGAACAGGCGCUGUCCGACGGCCAGGACCCGUUCAGCGACGUCCUCAACGACGAGCAGGAGCCUCGAGGGAACCAGGACACCUACUGGUCGGAGAAGGACCGCAGCGUGAUCGCUCCCUGCCAGGGCCUGAUGAAGGCGGCGGCGGCGUCUCUCAGGAAGCUGACGGCGGCCGUCAGGUCCAACGGUGACGUCACCACGGCUCAGCGCCUCGCUCAGCUGGACGACCUCGCCGACAUCUGCAAGGAAAUCAGUCCUGGUGUUGAUGAUCUGGCUCUCUGCCUCUACCCGCCCAUGGAUUAUAGUGGAGUCGAGGACAAUGUGUCAAAAUUGGCAGCUCUGUUAAAGAAAGUUCUGGGGAUUAUCAGGUCGAGCCACGUGUGCGGUGAAUCCCAGCUGACCUGGGUUCAGUUCUUAGACGGCGCCGUCGAUCACAACCUGCAGAAAGCCAAAGACCUCAUCCAGCAGGACAGCUAGUGUGUGUGUGUGUGUGUGUGUGUGUCUGCAGAGUGAUUUUAAGUGCCAAUGUAUGAAGCGAAUGGCUAGUGUGUGUGUGUGUGUGUGUGUGUGUGUUCUUGUACUUCAUACAUAGUGAGGACCAGAACACGUUUUUAACCAACAGAGUGAGGACAUUUUUGCAAGUGAGGACAUUUCGACCGGUCCUCACUUCUUUAAAGACUUUUUUGAGAUUUCAGACUUUGUUUUAAGGGUUAAAGGUUACAUGAUAAUGAUAAUUAACUGAAACUGUAUUUUGUGGUUACAAAACUAACUAAAAUUAUAGUGAAAAUGUCCUUCGUUUUCUUCUUUGUCAACUUUUUUCAUACAUAAUGAAGAUGGAUCAGACAAAGGAAAUAAAGGAAACAUUUACUGUGACCUCUUUUAAUCUCCCACCCAACAAAUACCCCAUUACAAAAAACUACAACUAAUAAAAACUAAACUAAAACUAAGCAUUUUCCAAAAAAACUAAAAAUAAAACGAGCAAACUCACUCUAAAAACUCAUUAAAAAUAAC